CCCUGCUUCUGCUUGGAGCAGCGUCUACCUGAGAAGAAGCUUUGGUGCACACAGCCUUCCCACCACUGCUCCAUUAUGUGGCAUCCAAUCUCCUGGACACCACGUGCACAGUGGUCACCAAACCACUUAAAGCUAGUCACUGUCUAUGUCCUGAUGCUCUUGGUGUCGCUCAGCUUUGCGUCGGGACAGAGCAGGCCAUUUAAACACCAGAUAGACAACAGAAGUCCUGAGAUCGACCCUUUUUGGUAUGUAGGCCGUGGUGUUCGCCCCAUCGGUCGCUUUGGGAAGAGGCAGCUGAGAAGCAGCCGUGGCAGCCUGAGGCCUGUGAGCAGACACCUGGAUUUCAUCUUGAAUGCUUUGUGGGAGCAAAAAUCAUUGGACACAGAGGACAGUGACUGGUGAUCUCUGUCCCCCAAGGUGGUGACUCAAUCUCUGUGCUUUGAAUUGUGCUCUCCCCUGCACCUCAGAGCUACAGUUCUGCUUUUGCCUAGCAAUCCCACACUGCUCUUCUUUCUGCUCCUUAUGCAAGUACCUUGAAAAAGAAACAUGUUCAGGGUGCAGGUAAAAGACAAUGCAUGGACACCAGCACUGAGUGCCACCACUGCUUUUAAAAAUGUUUCUUCAUUGUGCAUCCCUACAAUCUCCUGAUCCUGUUCACUGGGUUCACUGUUAGGUUUAUCUAAAACCCAUACAGCUUUGAGGCUGGGAUUUAAACUCUGCAGUGUUAAAUAUAUCAUGAAACCUUCCUGUCGUAUUUCAAAGUCAAUGGCUGUUGAUAUGUAAAAAUAAAAAGCAAUGGUUGGAAGAAAGAAAAAAGGCUCUUACCAAUUUUUAAUGUACCUGCAUUAAUGAUAUGAAAUGCUGGUUCUGUGUGUGUAGCUUUUAUAGAGAUUGUUAACAUCCACUCUUAAGAAUGUCUCCUGAAGUACCCACUGGCCUUCAUAAUUCUUCCUGUACUGAUGGAGAGAUAUAUUAAUGAACAAAGAGGAGCCCCUAUUGAAGAUGCGUAUUUUCUCCCUGCUGAAAAAAAAGAGGCUAAUUGAACUCCUUGAAGUAGUUUUGUGCCUACUGCAUGUAAUCACACACCAUAAUCCAAAAGGAGCAAGGGCCUGAAUGAGUUGAUUCCCUUUAAAACGUCACUAUUUCCAAGUACAUUGUCUGAGCAAGCUAAAGUCACUCUUAGAGGAUCACAAGCCACGUACUAUCUAUUAGUCCACAUCAAUAAGCCUGAAGAUGCAGCUCAAUAUCCCUAUUUACUCAUAUUAAUAUAACUUUGUUUUAUUACUUUUAUAAGAAGUGUUACUUACAAUGUGUUUCAUCUUGAUUAAUAAUUAUUAGCAGGAAUAAUACAGUUUACUCUAUGGCUUAUACCCAAAAAAAGAUAGUUUACAAUUUAGGUAAUAAGUGAUGGUAAAAUCCAAGCCAUGAAUCAUUCUGCAAAGGCUAAACUUAAAUAGACUUCCAGUUCUAGUUGUUUUUUGUGAGAAUUAUUACUAAAAUUAAAAAGUGGUUGAAUUAACCAUUGCAGACAUUUUAACUCUUCUCUUUUUUUUGCAAAUGGCCUGUGAGCAAGGGAUAGGUUUUUCUUAUAAUAAGGGAGUUACAGUAAUUUCAUGAUUAUAAGCCGCAUCAUUUUGACUAAAGUUUUGGUCCGUAUCCGGAAGUGCAGCUUGAAUUCCGGAGCGGCUUAUGUAUGAACGAUUUUCAGAAAUUUUCAGACCCGGAAGUGAGAGCCUGCAGCAGCCCUGAGCCAAGCUGGAGCCCACGCAGCCCCGGCAUCAGGGCAGCGCUGCUGAUCUGAGCCCAUGAUAUUUCUCUGUAUUUUUUUUGGUGUUUUCAGUCUUGUGCGGCUGAGUUGCUGCCCUGCUGUCCGCCCACCCAAGCGGCUGCCUGGCUCUCCACUUGCCCAAGUGGCUGCCUUGCUCUCCACUCGCCCAAGUGGCUGAGCGGGUCUCCGCUUGCCCAAGCAGCUGAGUGGCUGCCCUGCUCUCCGCCCACCCAAGCGGCUGAGCGGCUGCCCUGCUCUCCGCCUGCCCAAGCGACUGAGCGGCUGUGAGGCUGAGUGGCUGUUUAAAGGCAAUGCGGAUCCAUUGGAAAUGCUUGUAAAAUGACCACACUAUUGUUUGUAUCUUUUUCUGC